AUGAUACCUUCAUGUUUUCCACAUGAAUUGCAGAAUUUAACUCAGAUUGAGGAAAUGUUAAUUGCUCGUGCUUUGCCUAUCAUGAGAGUUUAUAUUAAACCUGGUGGUCAACGAGGUUAUUGGGGGCAUUGUAUUAACCUGCCACAAAAUGUCAAAGAACUUGCAAUGUCUUUGCCAAGAUAUCCUAAAGACAUAGCUGUGAUUAUUGUCAAGGCUAAAGGUAGAGGAAACACAUUCAGAGAUGUGACUGUGCGAAAGCAAAAAGUGCACAAUGCUUUAGUUUGGCUUAUCAAUAAUAAUCCUCAUUAUUCUGAGUUAUUAAUUAAUCAAGAUGCAUUAAAUCACCAGGUCUUAUGACUGUUGAGACUGAUGAUGAUAUAGUCCCAGAUGACAAUUGUUCUCCUGAUGUAGGUCCUCCUACUGAUAAUCCAUCAGAAGAUAUUGUUUAUAAUGACUCGACCGAAAUGAGUAGUUUUUUACCUGUUGGUGAACAACAACAACAGGAAAUUGAAGCUGUUAGAAACCAGUUGUCUGAAAAUGAGCCAAUGCCAUGGCCCUCAGUUGAAAAUGAGCCUUUAAAUGGGUAUCAGAUAUCGCAUCUGGCCACAAUGGCUUUCCCAACAUUGUUUCCGGAUGGGAAAGGCGAUCCUAUAUACUAA